GUUUAUUCCAUUUUUAGAGGUGGAAAGUAAGGUGAAAUCAGUGAACUUUUUUGCAAGGGUAUCCAGCUUCCAAAACGGAUAUAUUUAUAAGGUAAUUGUUUGUUUGGAGUGGAUCUCAGAAUCAGCUUUGAGAGCUGUAUUCUAGUCUCUGUUAAUUCUCGCUUGAGGGAACUGACUUGCAAGGAAAAACAUAUCUUGGAUCUUCGCCACAGAGUGAAGUAUUUGGGUGCGGAAUUGAUUGGAAUAGAAACUCAGAAGCAUAAUUAAUUGGACAUAACUAUCAUGAAGCAAGGGAACUAGACAGAUUUGGAAUGCAAUAUUACUAAUGAAGUCUAAAUGUUUAUAUCUGCGAAAUCAUGAAACUGUCGACUAAGAUCUACGUAUAUCACGUUUGUCCCAGUAGUUUGCUGUCAUAAACUAAUGCAGUCAAUGAUAUGAACAAGUGUGAUUAAGUUCAAAAUUAAUAUUGAACCAUGGGACGAACCGAAAGGACCCAAAGACUCCGGGUCGUCCAAAGUAGACAAGACAUAACACCACCGAGGAAGAGGAUCGUGAUAAAUAAUCUACAAAAUCUAUUUCAAAGUACGAGUACAAAUAACAGUUGCUAUAGUAAUACAAAUGGUUGCCAUAGCAACAUGCAGGGGAGCGGGAACUCUAAUAAACUCAGGACUAUCUUUAUCGUUAAAUGCCCCACCUCAAAAAAUAAAAACACUUGUAAAAGCGUUGAUAUCUCAUCAACGAUGACAACAGCCACUGCCACGGUAACCUCAAGUUCACAUGAACACGUAACAACCAAUCCAGCUGCAGAUAGUAAUAAAGAAAUCAGUUAUACAAGGAAGAGAAAAGCUAACAGUCAAGGUUCAAGUCAACCUUAUAAACGGACACUAACAGACUCGGCAAAAACACAAGAUCACC